UAAUGCUCUAAAUUCUCUCAAGAUCAAAAAGAGUUUUUCAAAUAAUUCCUGUUCAUGAUCUCUAUGAUCUACUAUUCUUACCAUUGCUAUGUAUUUUGUUAAUCUCGAUCAAUCGUAUAAUUCAUGUCUCCUGUUCUAAGUGAUCAAGUCAUCCUCCUCUCCGAUUCCAGUCUCCUCCGCGGAACUCACCUCGUUCAAUCCUUCUCCGUCGUCUUCCUCUACUGGUUCUACGUUUUCUCGUGAAUCUAUCUAUUCAUUUACAUAUAUAACAUUAUAUAUAUAUAUAAUAUCAGAUCUAUUAAGAUCUAUCAUAACUAGCUAGAAUAGUAUUAUAUAUAUAUAUAUAUAUAUACGUACAUGAUCAUGUCGUCGUCUCCCGGUGGAUCUCAUUCAUCCGGAUCGUCAACUGCUCAGAUAUCUAUCUCCGGCUCCGACGAGCAACAGAUGAAAUCAGAUUUGAGGCAGAGAAAGAGGAAGGUCUCGAAUCGCGAAUCGGCUAGGCGAUCGAGAAUGAGGAAGCAGAACCACCUCGACGGUUUAUUGACUCAGGCGAGUCAAAUCUCCAAAGAUAACUCGUGCAUCUUAGCCAAUCUGAACGUCAUUAGGCAGAUGUGCAUCAACGUAGAGGGGGAGAACUCGGUGCUACGAGCUCAGAUGGAUGAAUUGACUCACCGGUUGAACUCGCUGAACGAGAUCAUCGGCUGCUUGAACCAGAUCGAUAAUUACGGCAAUGCCGUCGUUGAUCAGAUGAUGAUGAUGAAGACGAUGAACGGUGAUGAUUUAUUCAAUCCAUGGAAUCUGAUGUACCUGAACCAAUCCGUUUGUGCUGGAAACAUGGUUAUGUACUAAAACUUAAUUAAUUAAAAUUAAUUAUUAUUAUGAUGAUGAUGAUAUAAUUAAGAUCUAUUACUUUUUUUUUUAUUUAAGCUUUUAAAAUAAUGUGGGCCCUUGUGCUGAUGUAUUCCUUAUAAGAAAUGUGUGUUGUUCUAUCAUCUAUC